AUGACUGUCCAGUGGUCAGUGGAAAACGGAAGCAAGGCGUCUAUCGAUUUUACUACCACUCCCACCCGUAUACUCGAGCACUUUGUCAUUUGGUCAUAUGCAGCAGAGCCUGCGCUAAACAAAGCCAGCUGUCCCGAAGACGUCGUCGAAUUGGCGAUCUUCGCAGAGAUAUAUUGCUUCGAAGCAUUACACAACCAGGCCUUGGAUAUGCUUCGUGAGAAGCUGGCGAAGGAAGAGUGGAGGCUCCAACCAGGUAUCGUCGAGCGAGUGUACAGUGCAAUGCAUUCGAACACGCCACUUCGAAAAAUGUUUCGUGUUUUGCUAAAUAGAGCAACAAGAGAUGUCAAGCACAACCCUUCACAGCGUGGAGAGAUGGAUCUGUGGGCCCCAGUAUUCGGAAGCUUGCCAGAGGUCGGCAGGGACUUCUACCUGGCAUCGUGCGAAGGCUAUGUCCCGAGCCAAGUGUCGAACGGAGGCCCGUGCCGAUUCCAUUGGCACCGAGAUCCUGAUCACAAAGAUCUGCAUCAAGCGGGCGAUGUCGUCUGCCCAUUGGCGUCUGGGGCUAGUUUCGUUGACUGGCAUAAACACAUCAUGCCUAGAGAUCUCCACAAUGUGGAUGCAACAGCUACUACAACAACCAAACUGUCCAAGAAAGAGAAAAAGAGAUUGAAAAAGGCCAAUGUGGCUUCACUAGAAACAAUGGAGUCGGGUCAAACGCUGGAGUCGAUAGUGGAAACUUGUCCUGUACCAGAAGCUGAGAUGGCACCCGAGGCUGAAGUUGCAUCUUGGAAUCUGUAA